CCCUCGGCUCGGGCUUCACAGCCUCUCAUCUCUUUCCCGCGGCGAUCUAUUAAAAGAGUCACUCUCGGAGGGAGCGGGUCGCCGCCUCUGCUGCUGAUAAUGGAUUAAACAGACUGCACACAGGCUCGGUGGGAGCUGUUUCACCGCUCUCCACCUCCUCCACAAACAAGGAGCGAGCGAUCGGAGGCAUGUGAGAAAUUCCUAACCACCUCCCCCCCCCCCCCCCCGCCCACCAGGAGCUGUGCACUCCUGUCGUGCGGAUGGUCAAGUUAUUGGGAUCCAAUCCUUGACAUCUGAUGGUCAAUUUCCUUUGAGAGGAGGAUUAAUGUUCGCAGGCAGAUUAUUACUUUAAACAGAACCCCCCCCCACCUUCCCCCUCUUUAACAAGGAUCGGAAAGUGCACAGGAUUAAAGGCACCGACCCCGGGCUCGGGAGAGGGUGCUGGGGGGUGGAAUGUUUCCCGAGGGGUGUCUGCAGUCUGCCAGAGCGGGGACAUCCGCACUCUGCUGGCGGGAGCGGGAGCGGCCGCUCAGCAAAACGGCAGUGUAGACGAUAACUGACCUGGGUUUUGCCAACCGGGAUCAAUCCGGCACCCCAUCCCAUCUACGAUAUAUAUAUUUUUUUUAAAAGCUCCGACGUUUCCCUCAAAGCAGCGUUUAUUUUUGACGUUGGCCGCCGUGAGCCGGUGUUUUGCUGGCGGAUGCCUCUGAUUCACCCGCGUGUGAGCACGGCACAUCUCCCCGCAGCUUGGCGUUGAAGUGCAGCCGCUUGGCGCUGACAAUGAGAGGCUGGAGAGCGGCGAUCUUGACCACCAUCCUGUGGCAUCAGCUCGCCGUGUACAGGCAGGCGAGCGCCAGGCGAUCGCCGAGGUUAAACCAGCACACCGAGCCCUUCAACACCACGCUGAGCAACAGCGAAGAGGGUUUUACCCUCCAGACCCCCUCUCCCAGGCCGGAGGGUGGAAGAACAGGGCGUGGAGAGCUUCCUGACUUCCGACGCCAGUGCCAGUCCUUGGCCAGCCAACAGGUGGCACCCUCGUUGCAGGGUGAGACGACCCAUCUCCCAGAAAAUCGAGAGCAUCGUCCGGUGGACCCACAUUCAUCCUGGAUUAAAUUUGUACAACGAGAUGGAGCCAAGAAAAACAAGAAAUGCAGACCCAACCGGAAAAGAGUAUUGCCAAGCCUCUCCGGCCCCCCCGGACCUCCAGGACCACCGGGACCCCCCGGGCCAGCAGGGGCUGCCAUCACUCAGGAGAUACUGAUGCGUGAAUUCAAAGCAAUGGUACGAGAAGAAGCAGAGAGACGGGCAGCUAUUCUGACUGAAGUGCAGGCACCAACUUCUCUCUCGUUUCAAGACGUCCAUCCAUACAGAAGAGUAGAGGAAGCUUUUCAUUGCAAACUGAAGGGGACAGUUACUGUGGACAAGAGAACUCUGCUGGAACUUCAGAACUUCCAGGCGCCACUUGCAAAAGGAGCAUUCCUGAGGGGAUCUGGGAUGAAUCUGUCCACUGGGCGAUUUACAGCACCAGUCACUGGCAUCUACCAAUUUUCUGCCAAUGUGCACAUUGAUCACAGUGAAAUGAAGAGCAAAGGUCCCCUCCGGCCAAGAGAUAAUGUGCACGUUCUCAUCUGCAUUGAGUCACUCUGCCAAAGGAAUACUUCCCUUGAAGUUAUAGCUGGCCUGGAGAGCAACAGCAAAAUAUUCACAGUCUAUGUGCAUGGGUUACUUCAGUUACAGGCCGAGCAAUAUACAUCCAUAUUUGUGGACAACAGUGCAGGAGCGUCAAUAUCUAUCCAGAGUGGAUCUGAUUUUAUGGGCAUACUUGUUGGUGUAUAGCAAGACGUAUCCUACUAAGAAACAGACCGUAAUGCAAGCAUUUUGGCUAUCUUAACUAUUAAGAUUUUAAAAUGUGAGAGAGAGACUGACGUACUGUUGAGGAGAAAUAAAACCGGUGGGAUUUUACCAUCAAUAGUUCUCCCUUUGUACUUUGCCAUCUAAUCUUCGUCUAUUUACGUUGAUCGGUAUUUCGUUACAAGUGUUUUACUUCAAAAAUGCACACAAUGCCUAACUAUAAGAAGAGUCUUCAUCAGCAGCAUUGAACUGCAACAUAUAAAAGUGAUUGUAUCCAUUGGGGCAACACAGCAGAAAGGUGUGUAUUAAACAUGAAGAACAGAAAGCUAAUUUUUUGAAUGAAAUGCUGCCACGUUGGUUCCAAGUUAUUAUGUGCUCAGUGCUAUAGUAUGUCUUCAGCUUGAACACAGAGCUUUUCCAGCGAAUUCAAGAUGUUUCAGUGGACACUAGAUUCUGAGACGGUAUCAUUACGAUGUUUGAACUGCCUGAUGUGGCCCAAGAGUUGUACAGGAACUCUGAACAGAAGAAAAGUUUCUACAGGGAGCCGAGAAAGAAACACACGAGAGUCUCGAGCGCGAGGUACAAUAAUUCCUGGGGACAAAUUACAUUUUGCGAUGGAAGUAAUUAGUUUACUGUAACUACAACUUCUGACAUUUUGAAUUAGUUAUGAGGAGUGCAACCUUAUAUAAAGGUAAUACCUGGAUUUGGAAGUGGUGUUGCAAGCAAGUUCUGUUCUCGAAAGGGAAAUCAAGCAUGUUUUUCCAUCAUUUAAAUGCGUGAUGCUCUGACGUAAUUUCAGUUUUGAAUGAGAUCUUUGAUAUAUAACAUCUGCCUAUCUUUGUAUAUCUUAUUUUUAAUCUUAUGUGUUACGUAUAGCCCAUUGAAUCUACUGUGGUGGGAAUGCCAAUGUUACAUAUGUCAGUCAAACACAAACUGACACUCAAAUAAGGGAUUCCACAGUUAUCUGUUGCACUAUAAGAUAACACUGUAUUAUCGCUUCCCGAAAAAAUAUACUCAAAAUGCUCUCCAAGGAAACACUCUCUUCUAUUUUUGCAUAAAUGUUAAGUAUCCAUAAAAAAGUUACAAACAAAAUUAUUGGUUAAAAAUAACUUACAACUUUGACUAUAAUCGUUGAGUUUUUGAUGCCUUUAUUUACAUAUAAUUACCUGUAGAUGUUGGCCGCCGGAUCAUUUUACCUCAGAAAAAUUGCAACUUUAAAUGAUAAUCACUGAUAGAGCUGGGGGCUCACAAAUCCUCACUGAUUCGAUUUGAUGCAAGUGAUGCGUUUCACUGUACGUUUGCAAGAAACGUAACAAAUAGUGCUAAUUAUCUGUCACACGUACAUUGCUGUCUGUUGUUAUUUGUCAUCCAUAUCAAUGAUCUGGAUGAUAAUGUGGUAAACUGGAAUUUGUGGAUAACUCCAAGAUUGGGGGGUGCAGUGGACGGCAAGGAAAGCUAUCAGAGUUUGCAGCUGGAAAAUGGCAGAUGGAAUUUAAUGCAGACAAGUGCUAGGUGUCGCACUUUAAGAGGACAAAAUCAAGGUACCAAGUGGCAGUAAGCCACUGAUGAGUGUGGUAGAGUAGAGGAAUCUGGGAAUACAUAUCCAUAAUUCCUUGAAAGUAGCGUCACAGGUAGAUAGGAUCAUAAAGCGAGCAUUUGGCACAUUGGCCUUCAUAAUUCAGAAAACCGAGGAUGUUAUGUUGGAGUUAUUUAAGACAUUAUUAGGGCCUAAUUUGGAGUACUGUGUACAGUUUUGUUCACCUACCUGCAGGAAAGAUGUAAAUAACAUUGAAAAAGAGCGCAGAAAAAAAUUACAAGGGUAUUACCAGGAUUUGAGGAGCUGUGUUAUAGGGAAAGAUUCAAUAGGCUAGGGCUUCAUUCCCUAGCGAAUAGGAGAAUGAGGGGAGAUUCGAUAAAGGUAUUCAAAUCAUGAGGGGUAUGGAUAAGGUAAAUGCAAGCAGGCUUUUUCCACUGAGGUUGGGUGGGACUAGAACUAGAAGUCAUGGGUUAAACAUGAAGGUUGAAAUGUUUAAGGGGAGCAUGAGGGGGAACUUCUUCACUCAGAGGGUGGUGAGAGUGUGGAACGAGCUGUCAGCAGAAGUGAUGGAUUUAAGAGGAAUUUAGAUAGGCACAUGGAAGGGAGGGGUAUAGAGGUUUGUGGUCUGGGUGCAGAUCGAUGGGACUAGGCAGAAUAAUAGUUCAGCAUGGAUUAGAUGGGCCAAAGGGCCUGCUUCUGUGUUCUAUCACUCUAUAAUUACUUGUUAAUCUUGCAAUCUUUGUGCCUAUGUAACUGCCAGUUCGGGUACCUUACAGUUUCAGUGAACGCAGUCUGUCCCUCAGAAUCUGCUGGAAGGUGGAAGAAGUCUGGUUUUCUCAUCAUUGGAAGAGUGUCUCCACUCUCUGCAAAAAAAGUAAUCUUUGAAACGAAAUACUGAAUUCUUAAAGCUUUUAUUGCAGGCAAAUGGUAACCUUUAUACCAGUUCUAAAAAUGGCUCUAUGUGCUCCUGAUAGGCUGCUUCAGAAGGAGUGCUACUGCUUCUUUCCCCCCUGAUAAAUUUAUUUCACCGCUUCUGGCCUACAGGUUUAACCUGCUGCCCAAAAAUGCCAUCAGCUACCACCUCAUAUAGUUGUAAAAUAACCCAUUCCCAAACUCACUGAAAACUAACCUGGGACCAUCGGUGUUAAUAUGUGUUGAGAGCAGUUUCCUAUGUCACGCUCCACUGAUAUUGCAGAAAGGUGAUCAGCCAGAAUGAUUAUCUGCUUCUCUUUCCACUGGUGCUGCCUGACCUGCUGAGUAAUUCCUGUGUUCUCUGAUUUUAUUUCAGAUUUCUAACAUCUGCAGACUUUUGCUUUUCAAUCACUGAUUUACAAGCAUUGACUCUGAUGCACUUCAGACUUGCUGGGUUAAAACUUGGGCAUUAUUUUCAAGCCUGGUGAUAUUGACUGUGUAGUGCUUCUCGUAUCCAUUCCUUUUUCCAUCUCUAAUGCACGAUUUACACUGACACACAGUCACCACUUUAUUUGGUACCCCCGGUGCCUAAUAAAGUGGCCAUUGAGUGUAUGUUCAUGGUCUUCUGCUGCUGGAACCCAUCCACUUCAAAGUUUGAUGUGUUGUAGGUCCAGAGAUGCUCCUCUGCACACCACGGUUGUAACGCGUGGUUAUUUGAGUUACUGAGAACCUCUUGACUUUGUCUGCAUACUGUUGUGCAUGGAGUUGCUAACACAUAAUUGGCUGUUUAGAUAUUUGCAUUAACAAGCGGGAGUACAGGUAUACCUAUUAAAGUUGCCAUCGAGUGUAUGUCCAAUAUUUUGACUCUUCCUCUAUCUCUCUCUCUCUCUAAAACUCCUGCCUCUGUCUCUUUCAUCAGCUGAGUUGUUCCACUGACUCAAGAUGAAGAUGGUUCAGUUGCUUCCUCUGCACUGAGCCAAGUCUGUGGCCUUUUAUUUCAAGGAUGGUGUUGUGCUCAGGAUUCUGUGCAUUUAACUUCAGCACCGUUGAGGAUUGUAAAUCAAUAUUACUUGAAUCUGGAGACUCUCAGCCUAAGACUCACCCCUCCAGCAAACCUUGCUCUUAUUUGUCACCAUAUCAGGCCAGAUCACAACCAGGAUUUGGGCACAUUUGGCCCAAGUUUCCCCCUCUGACUUUGUCACAUACCUUCAGAGUCAGAAGACUGCCUGGCCCAAAUACUGCAGCUCUAUUAUAAAUAAAAUGACUUUGUGUUGACAUUGCUGUUGUAAAUGGACCCAAAAUUUAUUUCAUUGUCAGCUCUGCGCUGACCUUGUCUCCAGGCACAGUGGUUUCAAUUUUAUCUUCAGUCAUCAGCCUGUCUGCCUUCGAAUUCCCACAUGGAACACGAGUUGUUUUUGUUUUACCCUCGAUGUGAGUUGGCAUCAAGCCCUGGUCCUAGCCACAGAGGAGAGCAAUGUUUGUGAGCAGUCCCUUGUCUGAGGACCAGCCUUGCCACAAGCCUCUGGCCAUAAGAGGUGCAGCCAAUCGGAAAGUUGUGGGACAAAUCUUCGCUUUUGCUAAUUUUGUAGCCAAGAAUUGCGGUGUUUUUGAACCAGGAAAUGAAAACCUUGCUUCCACAUUUGUGUUUAAAGCUCUUCUAUUUUUUAAGCCUGUUUCUACUAGAGCCUUUUUAAGUCCUGCUUUUGAUAUUUGUGUCCCGAUCUCUCCCUGCUCCUCCCGUCUCUGUUUAUGUUUUUGCUGUUACUGAUUUAGGAUUCUGUCUCUCUCUAUUUCCUUCUGCCCCUCUCCUUUGUUUCACAUCUCUCUUGACUUAUCCUCUGUUUGUUUUAGUCUCGUGAUCAUAGGACCGUGGAAAGUCGUGGUACAAAAAGAGACAAUCAGCCUGUGCAGUGUGGUUAAAAUGAAAGCCUUUGUGGUCUGUAAUUUAUGUCCAUUCAAAUUUCUAAGCCUGUCUAUUUUUGAGUUCUCCUCUGCAGGCUAUGUUUCUAUUUUCUUUGCUUUGCUGAUGUUUAUUAGACCCUGCUUAUAAUCCUUUCAAAUCUCACUGUGCCCUGUCCAGCAAUGCCUCCAUUUGACGGACCCUCUAUUCAGCAGAAUCAGGUGCUGGAGGCUGCUCCCUGCCACCCUCAUUCCAAAAUUCCAAGAUCCCAUUACAGUAUGGGACGUCUUCCAAUUCCAGUUCCAGCCUCCCAUAACAGUCACAUCGCUACGACAUCCACUCUCUUUUCAAAUUGUUUUGAGAGAAAAAAGGAGAAACCCAUAGAUUCUAUAGGUAAAGGUCAGGAUGUCCUCUAAACCUUGCGCUCAGCAGCGAAACACAUCUCUGUGGAGUAAAAGUAUCCAGCCUGAGGUCAGCUUUGAAGUGCCACUGAACAACAGAAGGUGGAAAACCCAGUGAAAGAAUUGCAAUGUGCAAAAUAAAACACAGCUGGUAAUCCUAAUUAUAAAUGUGUGCUUUAAGUAUUAUUUUUAAACUGUUAAUUUGGACAUUAUGAAUUUCAGUUACUGUGAAAGAGGUGGUGAGUGAUUAUACCUUGGAAAUGCAUUUUGGGUAAUCAAAGUGGUUCACCAACAGAGUUACUAUCCAUUUCUUGCGCAGGGGAUGUUCAACUGUAAAUGUUUACAUGUCAAAAGUUAGUGAGAAAUAUUAUCAACCGAAUGUUAACCUGUGGUUAUGAAGUUCACAUAUAGUUAAAGUAAUCACGCUAUGAUGAUGGAAUUUGGUUCCUAUUUUAAUGACCGUGCACAGUACUGUUGAGAAGUCUAGGCACCCUAGAUUUUUUACAUAGUUUCAAAUGGUUUGGCUUCCACAGAGCCUUGAUCUCAACAUCAUUCAGGCUGUCCAGGAUUAUCUGGAGAGACAGAAGCAAGCGAGACAGCCAAGGUCAGCAGAAGAGCUGUGGCAAGUUCUCCACGAUGCUUGGAACAACCCACCAGACAAUUUUCUUAUGAAACUGCACGACAGUGUACCUAAGGGAAUUGGUGCGGUUUGAAAGGCAAAGGGUGGUCACACCAAAUAUUGAUUUAAUUUAGUUCUUUUUUUUACUGUUCACUGCUCUUUAUUGUCAAUUUUUUUGAUAUUUAGAAACUUCUUGUUUCAAUCAUCUUCAUUUUUCAGAUUUUUUUUACAGGUACCUGAGACUUUGGCACAGUACUGUAUAACAUUUAUGUAAUAGCUUUCUUUAUUAGAUUGUUACAGCCACCUGUAGGGGUUGCCAGGGGUGGCAUCACGUUUGCUAACACUUAUUUAGCCAGCUUUGUGCCAACAGCCUGCAUGAGCACUAACAAUAACCACCGUAGGCAUCAGCUGCUUGGAAUUUCCAAACACACAUCGGCAAUAGAAAGCUCUUCAACUUUGUAAUACAUGUAGGGGAGCCCAGCAGGUGGGUGUAAGUAAUGCCAGGGCACUAUUUCAAAGAGGUGCAGAUUUGGGGGAUUGGGAGGGUUGGUUGUGUGGGGGGGUGCUGGACACUCCUAAGUUUCUGGUUAAAUAUUACCCCUCAAGCAACAUCACUAAGGCAUGAUUUUUUUAAAUGUUACGUCACUGUUGUUUGAGGGAUUUGUGCAUUGCCCACGGUGUCCCUUGUAAUUGGGCAUAAUGAACUUCUGAACCUGCUGGAGUGAUGAGAGAUACCACACAAGUGCAAAUGGUUUCCAUCUUCCCGGCUGGAAACCACACUUCCACGGAGAUCCAGUGGGCUGGUGCCUUGUAUCCCUGAAGAGUUCGGUUUCUGGCCUAGUUUUCAGGUCACUUCUGAGAAGGAACUCACAGUAAAGUGAGGCACAAAUCCCCAUUUCACCUUGUGGACAUGAGUGGCCCUUAUGAGCUGGUUUAGUGGUGACCUCAUGUUGUCAGUAUGGCUGACAUAAUAGGGCCCUUGAAAAGUAAAACAAUGCAGACGCCACAAAUGUGAAAUAAAAACAGAAGAAUGCAAAUACUUAGCAGGUCAGGUUGCGUCAAAGUAGAGAGGAAUAUGGUAUAGUUUCAGAUUGAGCCAGUUUCCAUGAGGGGCCAUUGUGUUGUUUCUCUGUCUAAUUUUCUGUUUUAUGACCAAGUUCUAACCCCCUGCCAGUGUGACGAAGGCUAGAACCUUUGGGGAAAUUUUGAAUGAAUAUUUGUUGUUCAGUAGCAAAACCAAUAGCAAGAUGAAAUGCAGAGGAAUUGAAUUGAUUAGUAAAUAAGGGUUUUUUUGUGGUUCAAGCUGAUGGGUUGCAAGAGGUAACAUUAAGAUACCAUUACAUAGGGAUAUUAGAAAUCAGAAAACUCAGAAGCCUGCACCACCAUCCAAUCGGAUAAAGGCAAGUCUGACUCAGUUCUGGUUUCCUGCCAGAUCCCCAUAAACUUUGUCUCCAUUUUAGAUCGAAAAACCAUCUCAGCCUUGGAUUAUUUGACCUCCACAGUUGUCUGGAAUAAAAACAAAAUUCUAAAGAUUUUAAAACUCUGAGAGAGAGAAAAAAAAUCUCCUCGCCUACAUUUUAAAGUGUGACCUCUUACUCAGAUACCAUGCCUGUAGGUAAAGAUCCCUCAAGGGGGAAACGGGGUCAGAGCACCAACCCAGGCAAACCUCCCUUAGAUUCCAAAAUGUUUCUGUGAGAUCACAUUGAGAAUACUGUCCGGCCCACUCAGUGUUUCUGUAUAAGGCAACCCUCUAAUCCCAGAUGGCAGCAAUCAAUGCCACACAUGAUUUCAUGGGCAAUUCCCAUUAUUUGUUGACUUAAAAGAAUUUAUAAUGGGCUUGCAUGGAGAAAUAAGGUGACUAAUGUAUUAUACAUAGAUAUAUUUAUUCUUCACUACAUUCUCACUUGCCAAAAUGUAUCUGUGUUCUAUACAUGCACAUGUAUAAAUUCAUCUGUAUACCUUUAUGUAUUUUGAAACUCCUUAAACCAUUUACUUUAUCCAUGAAUUUAUUAUAUGAAAUAUUUCAAAUAUAUAAUUUUGUCUUAUGUUUCACAGGCUUUGAUUUCUAAAUAAUUUCUGCUACAA